UUCAGUACUGGGAGCGUACAAUGAAGGAGUCCAAGGCAACAUACACAAAGAUCAAGCCUCACCAGAUCAACAUCUCAAACCUAGUUGAGCUACAGAUCGCUUUCACAGUGACCGUACUGUCAGAAGGACUUCAAUCUAGCUUCAAUUGCAGCUUUGACAAAGCGUGCCAAGUCUCCCAGACGUCUUUGAAGCGCAAGGUCGGCUACGGCGACAGCGAGGAAGAUGACACAGACUCUGUGUUGAAGCGUAUGCGCUUGGACGAUAGUGACUUGCAGGACAGUGCAGUUGUAUCUCAGACAGAUGUGCCUAUGGCUGGUCAUCGCCAGUGCCAACUCUCUGUAUCGGACGUUCGUUGGGACUCCUUGACCUCCUACGGCCUGAGCAAGCUCACACCAUCCGUUCUCCGUUGGAUUGGCGGCAUCAAAACCGAUGACCGAGGCAUGCUAUAUCUGGAUCGGAACAUCCUGAUCGCCCUUUGGGAGCGGUACCACCACUUUUAUAGCUCCAUAGAAGCCGCCUGUCCCCAGCUUCGAUCGUUGAUCGGUGGAUCAGCUGUUCGGAAUCCCAGAAGGGACAAAUGGCACAAGUUUGAAACAAGGGGAAUCCUACCACCAAGAGAUGGUCAAAGUUCCUCGGCAGAUGUGGAGAAACUAGGCAAAAUUUCCAUUCCCAUUCCGAACCCCUUCCCGAGUCACUCCCCCGUUGGAACUCCACCCGGUCAGCUUUACUGGGGUCCAAUUGAGAAGACGGAGGCAGACUUCCCUCAGAAGUUUCAGCCGAAGAAGCUCCUGAAGCUGGAGGGGGAGGACUACGUUAGGCUUGCCGCCAUUCACACGGUUACGAAAGAGCGACUCAGAAGGCUGGAGUUGUCGGAGAUGGAGGAUUGGCGCAAGGAGACAGAGAAGGCCACAGAGAAGGAGACGAUGAAGGACUACAUGGAGAGAGUGGAAAAUCGGGUACACCUGAACGCAAACGCUGUAUACCAGAUCUUCUCUUCAGUGCUUGGAAAGACUUGCAGUGGUGAACCCUUGGCAACCCGUGGUGACCCGUAG